AUACUCUUUCUACAAAUAUACACCUCAAUUAGCUCUUGCAAUUCAUCAAACCAUGGCCUCAAUGAAAACCUUCAUCACAUCUCUACUUCUUGUUGUUACCUUGGGAGGUAUGAACAUGAGUCUAGGAGCUCGCAAUCUCUUGCAAACAACCUCUCCAAAUUUUCCAAGUAUUCCCAAUUUGCCAAAGCCAACAUUGUCACCUUUGCCUUCAAUUCCAACAACAUUACCACCUUUGCCUUCCAUGCCAACACUGCCUCAAGGCAAUGUUCCUCCAUUGCCUACCACCACCAUCCCUUCUAUGCCUAAACUCACUAUUCCACCACUUUCUAGCAUUCCUAUGAAUCCCACACUCCCAUCACUCAACCUUCCUCCACUCUCAUCCACUUCACUUCCAAACCUUCCUACAAUCUCAACCAUUAUCUCCUCCAUCCCAUUCUUCUCUCCCCCACCUUCAACCUCUUCCCCUUAAACACUCUUUCCUGUUAUUGUGUAAGAAAGUAUUGUUGGAGACCAUGAUGAUAGUAUCAUUGUUAUAUGGUGUGUGAAGUCUAUGUAAUUUUUAUUUCUAUUUAUAAAUUUAGCAUUAUUUUUAUAUUCAUUUUAUCUUAUAGAUAUUGAAUUAUUACACAUUUAAAUACAUCUUUGUUGUCU